AAGAAAAUAUUCUAUGGUACAAAAUCAAUUAACCUAAUUAUAUCAAUCAAUUAUAAUGUGAACUCAAUCAACAUAAUUAUGAUAUGAAUAUUCUGUAAUAUCUCUCCUCAAACUCAAGAUGGUGAUGAGAAGACCAACUUGAGUUUGGAAAGAAGAGUCCGGAAGCAUCCAAGAAAGUGAGCUUUUGGUGAAAAGAUUUGCAUACUGAAUAUGUAGAUCGAUGCAGUCGACGUCACUGGAGGAGAAAGAGGCAAUAUCGGAUCUGGGCAACAGUAAUGUCAGAAGUUCAAUUGCAAGAAAUCAAGAGCAAAAUUAGUGACAAUUGGAUGCGAGAAGACUAGAGCAACACUGGCCGUGGGAGUAACACGUAUUGUUGGCGCAACAAAGGAACAGGAUCUAGAAAACCCAAUUGCAAAUAAGUCCAAGAAAGAAAGCAAAGAUGAUGAUGAUCGGCACCACCUACAAGCAAAGCAACAACUCACAAAGGAAAUGAACAGAUGGAUUGGGUGGGAUAUUUUCUGAGAAAUCAGAUGUCUUUAGCUUUGGAGUUCUGCUAUUAGAGAUUGUUAGUUCCAAGGUUACCAGGUUCCUCUAUAACGAUGAACAUCGAUCUAAGCCUUCUUUCCCAUGUAAGUACUGCACUUCUUGUUUCAAAUUUGCAUCUCUGCAUUAUUUGUGCCGUCUAAAUUAAUACUGACCCAUACUACAUUGUAUCAGGCAUGGCAACUAUGGAGUAAAGGCAAGGAGCUAGACUUAAUUGAUGAUGCGCUGGCUGACUCAUUUUCCUCAACUAAAGUAAAGAGGUCCAAAUAGGUUGCUCUUCUUGGUGUUCAGGACCAUGCUGAAAAUAGGCCAACCAUGGCAGCUGUAAUUUCCAUGCUAAGCAGUGAAACAGAGCUUCUGCAACCAAAAGAACCCUUUUUUACGUUCCAUAAUCCAUCAAAAUUUGAUCAACCUAAAGACAAUAAUCCAUGCCCCAAAUGGUGCAUUGGUGUCCAUGUUUUCCUCCACUAAAUGGAAACAAAGUAAGUAUUCAAAAAUGAAAGAUGGAAAGUUUGUGGAGAAAGUGGUUUUGGAUCCAAAUUUUUGGAAGAAUAUUACUACAUGUUUAAAGGCUGCAAAUCCACUCAUUAAGGUGCUUCGUUUGGUGGACUCUGAUGAGAAGCCGGCCAUGCCUUUCAUUUAUGAAGAGGUGGAUCGCUGCAAGGAAAAGAUUCAAGAAAAUUUUAAGAAGGUCAAGAAAAGUUAUGAGCCUAUUUGGAAAAUUAUCGAUGAUAGAUGGGCAUCUCAACUCCAUAGACCAUUGCAUGCAGCAGCAUAUUUUCUGAAUGCUCAUCUUCGUUUUGAUCCAAAUCCUGAAAACAAUUACAAAGUUGAUAUGGAAGUUAAAAGGGGUUUUUAUGACUGCUUGGAAAGGAUGGUGUUGAAUCAAGACGAAAGGAAUAAAAUUGAUUCUCAAAUUGAUUUUUUCAAGGCUCGUAAGGGAUUAUUUGGAAGUACUCAAGCAAGAAAUAUGUGGAAUAAGAAAUCUCCAGCUGAUUGGUGGGAGUCUUACGGAGAUGAAUAUCCUGAAUUGCAGCGUUUUGCAAUUCGAAUUCUUAGUUUGACUUGCAGUUCAUCUGGUUGUGAACGUAAUUGGAGUGCUUUUGAGAUGGUUCAUACAAAAAGGAGAAAUCGUCUACAUCAAAAGAAAAUGAAUGAUUUAGUGUUUGUUAUGUGCAACUUAAAAUUGAAAGACAAACAAGUGAGGAAGAAAGUUGAGUUAGAUGAUGUCUCUUCAGAUGACGAAUGGCUAGCUGAUUUCCAAACAAAUGAAGAAUUAAUAGAUCCUGAAAGUGAAGAUGACAUGGAAGAUGAUUUUGUAGAAGAUGGCAAUGAAGAUGAAUUGGAGAACCAUGAUUCAUUGGAGACCACUUUUUUUAAUGAUGAGGAUGAUGAGGAAAAUCAAGAUAUAGAAGCCGAAGAAAAUGAUGAUAUGGAGGAUGAUUUUUGAGUUGUUAUUUUUAUUUUUUUUACCAUAUGCAAUUAUUGUUAGCCUUUAAAUUAUAUUAUGAACUAUUAAGUAUUAAGUACUUCAUAUUUAAAAUUUUAAAUAUUUCAUUUUAGACUUAUUUCAUCAAUGAACAAAUUUAACAAUU